CAUAAAUACACUAUCUAACAGAAAUAUUGAAUAUCUCUUACCAAUGAGAAUCUUGGUUCCAAUCUCAUAAAAGUUAGAAUCGUGCACGCCUCUCUAAGCAUCUCAUACAUUACAGACCCCAUCUUGAGUUAGAGAUCUUGUCCGAGGGAAAAGGUUCACACUUUUUGUAUUCCCUGAGAUUUAAAACCAGAUGGUUUCACUCUGAAUCAAUCGAAAAAUCAAAUCUUUGUAGUGUUUUGUUGCUGUCUGGUUGAUAUGAACAGUGUUGGGAGAAGGAAACAAGUUGAUUCUGCUCAUCAUAUCAAAAAACACGAUGGAGAAGAUCAUCGUCAUCAGCUCGCCAAGAAACUAACAGUUGUUGACCUUGUUGCUAUUGGAGUUGGAACAACAAUAGGAGCAGGAGUGUAUAUUCUAGUGGGGACAGUAGCUAGACAACACACAGGACCUGCUCUUGCUGUAUCAUUCUUCAUCGCUGGUGUAGCAGCUGCCCUCUCCGCUUGUUGCUAUGCUGAGCUUGCUUCUCGUUGUCCAUCUGCUGGGAGUGCUUAUCAUUAUGCUUACAUAUGUCUUGGAGAAGGGAUUGCUUGGUUGGUUGGUUGGGCACUGGUGUUGGAUUACACGAUUGGUGGAUCAGCCAUUGCACGUGGCAUUUCUCCAAAUCUGGCAUCUUUUUUUGGAGGGUCAGACAAACUUCCUGUGUUCUUAGCUAGACAAACUAUUCCUGGACUUGGUAUUGUGGUUGAUCCAUGUGCAGCACUGUUGAUUAUGAUUGUUACAAUACUACUAUGCUUUGGGAUAAAGGAGAGCUCAUUAGUACAAGCAGUUGUAACAUCAGUGAAUGUUUGCACAUUGGUUUUCAUCAUAGUAGUUGGUGGUUAUUUAGCUUUCAAGACUGGCUGGGUUGGCUAUGAUCUUCCUGAUGGUUAUUUUCCUUUUGGAUUAAAUGGGAUUCUCGCUGGAUCUGCUGUUGUAUUCUUCUCAUACAUUGGGUUUGAUACCGUAACAAGCACAGCUGAGGAGGUUAAAAAUCCUCAAAGGGAUCUUCCGUUGGGGAUUGGGAUUGCAUUACUGAUAUGCUGCAUUUUGUAUAUGCUUUUAUCAGUAGUUAUUGUUGGAUUGGUCCCUUACUAUACACUGGAUCCUGAUACUCCUAUCUCCUCUGCAUUUGGAGACAGUGGGAUGCAAUGGGCAGCGUACAUCUUAACAACUGGGGCAAUAACUGCUCUGUGCGCUAGUUUGUUGGGUUCUCUUCUGGCUCAGCCGAGAAUCUUCAUGGCAAUGGCUAGGGACGGAUUGUUGCCAGCUUUCUUUGCAGAAAUCAACCCACGAACACAUGUACCGGUGAAAAACACAAUAGUAAUUGGUGUGCUGGCUGCUUCACUGGCAUUUUUCAUGGAUGUUUCACAGUUGUCCGAGAUGGUUAGUGUAGGAACUCUGAUGGCAUUCACUGCCGUAGCAGCCUGUGUGUUAGUUCUCAGAUAUGUACCACCGGAUGGAGUUCCCCUACCAUCCUCUCAAACUUGGACUGAUAGCGUUGAAAGUAGAGUGCAACCUGAAAAUGUUCUUGAAGAUGGGAUAGAAUCUUCUGAUUCUCCUCUUCUUGGUGAUGAAACCGUUACAGAUGAGAAGUAUUUUGGAAAGAGAAGAAAAAUUGCUGCAUGGAGUAUAGCUCUUGUGUGCAUAGGUGUCUUAGGCCUUGCUUCAGGAGCUUCUGCUGAGCGUCUUCCAAGUUUCCCUCGGUUCACUAUGUGUGGUGUCAGUGCAGCCGUCUUACUUGGAAGUUUGAUUACACUUGGUUGCAUUGAUGAGGAUGACGAAAGGCAUAACUUUGGACACCAAGGAGGGUUUCUCUGUCCAUUCGUUCCAUAUCUACCUGUUCUCUGCAUUUUGAUCAACACCUACUUGAUCAUCAACAUUGGAGCUGGGACAUGGAUCAGGGUCUUGAUAUGGCUGCUUAUUGGAAGCAUGAUCUAUCUAUUCUAUGGAAGGUCACACAGCUUACUGAACAAUGCAGGCUACGUUCCAACGACUUGUACAGGGGAAACAACAGAUCGCCUUGUUUGAGAUGGGUUAUUUAAUAGCAAAGCUGAAUGCGUUGGAACGCAAGUUUUGUUGCAGCAUUUAAAGAGAUGGCACAAGAGUAAACACUUGCCAAUAUAUACAACAUUCAUGUACAUUGUUUAAUUAUUCGAUAUGUAAAUCUCUUACAAUGUCAAUUUCAUCUUUAAUAGUUUGUUCCUU